CCGUGGAUUGAUUUGAUUGGUCGAUCAGCCGGAGGGAAAACCCCGCACACCAUAUAUUUUCAAACUGAGCGUGGAGCGAGCUCAUUGGUCGGUUUUCGCGGUAAAUACGCCAUGCGUUGCGGAAAUGCCGCGGAACCUCAAACUGAACUAGGGGGUUGCUUGGUCCAUGGCUGGAGACUUCUGCUUUAGAAUAGCGUCUCUCGCAGUAUUGUUGUUGGUGCUGGGCAGCGCGGCCGCGGGCAGGAAGGGCAGGUGCGAAGUGUGCAAGAAUUUCGUCAAGGCCUUCGAGAAGGGGUUGAAAUCGACGGAGAACUCUAACUUUGCUGGAGGAGACACCAGUUGGGAAGAAGAGAAGCUCGGUUCAUAUGCCAACAGUGAGGUGCGGUUUGUGGAGAUAUUGGACGGAGUAUGCAAAGACUAUGAGUGUCACACUUUGUUAGAAGAAAACGAAGAACAUGUUGAGAGAUGGUGGUUCAAGCUACGGCACAAAAAGCCAGAUCUGAAACUUUGGUUUUGUCACGACCAAUUGGACGUUUGCUGCCCGGACAACACGUUUGGACCCACUUGCCAAGAAUGUCCUGGAGGAGUGGACGAUCCAUGUGGGGGUCAGGGUACAUGUGAGGGUGCGGAGGAGAAAGAUGGAGUAGGUACGUGUCGCUGUAAUCGAGGUUACCGUGGCGACAGUUGCCGGGAGUGCGAUCGCGGUUUCUACAACGACAGUUCGAGCUGCGUGGCGUGUCACCGGGCGUGUCGAGACGACUGCAGCGGAGGAGGUGUGGGGGACUGUCUGGAGUGUGCCUCGGGGUACUCCAGAAGUGGGGACGACGAGGGAGCAGAGUGCAAAGAUGUGAAUGAGUGUGAGGAGAGGGAGAGGGAGAUGGAGGAGGAGGAGGAGGGAGGCAACUCGACACCACUCUGUGAAGAGGGAAAAUACUGUUUCAAUACUCAAGGCAGCUACAGGUGCAACGAUUGCGAUCGCUCGUGCCAGAAGGGGUGUUCUGGGCCUGGGCCUGCCAAGUGCGAGGCGUGCGGUGCCGGUUACUACACUUCGAAAUUCAACAUCUGUAAAGAUAUUAAUGAGUGUGAGGGAGGGGAGGGGUGGGAGGGAGAGCCUGUCACAUGUGAAGGAGCAACUUUCUGUGAGAACACUCCCGGGAGCUACCAGUGCAGGGCGUGCCACGUCGCCUGUCUCGGAGGCUGCAGGGGGGCGGGGCCAACGAACUGUGUCGACUGCAAACAAGGCUUCAAGAUGGACGACGGGGAGUGCAAAGAUGUGAACGAGUGCGAAGAUGAGUCAGUGUGUGAUGUCGACAGCGAGAAUUGCAGCAAUCUGAUUGGUUCGUUCAAAUGCAAGUGCAAGCCGGGCCUCGUGCGAGUGGAGGGAAAAUGUGUCGAGAAGGUGGUGAAAGAGAGAGAAUCGAAGAAAAAGACGAAAAAGAAGAAAAAGGCGAAGAAGGAUGGAGCCGGGGAAGGUGUGAAGACUGCCGCAGGUGGCAAGGAGAACCAAACCCAGCCUGUCACCGCAGAAGAGAGAGAGCAGGAGGGGCAGGAGGAGAGAGAGCAGGAGAGAAAAGUGGAAGGGGGAAUGGUUGAGGAGACUGCUACAGUAGAAGCGAGGGAGGAACUUGGAUCACCUGAUCCACUCCAGGAAUCACAUGAUGUAUCACAUGACAAACUACAGCAGCAGGGUACAGAACAUGACCAGAACCUUUCGCAGGAAUCACAUGACGGGUCACAUGAUGUAUCACGUGAUCUAGACCAAUCAGGACAGUCUAUGGAAGCAGUUGACCUACAGGACACCCACGAAGAGCUAUGAUACGCAACUUUUUUAGGCCAUCAAUUUUUAUUAAUAAUUAUUGCUCUCAGCCGACAAUAAAUACUCAGUUGCCAAACUUUUUUGUUAUCCGUAAGUAAAUUUCACGGGCGCACACAUGGCUGCGGUGAAGACGGUGGUUUUUUGCGGAGCUAAGCCCGGGCGCAAGGCAGUGUUUGGAGAGAAAGCAGCAGAGCUGGGUGCGUGUCUGGCAGAGCGAGGGGUGGAGGUGAUAUACGGAGGCAGUCGCUAUGGAUGCAUGGGUCGCCUCGCUGACGCCGUGGUGCAGGCUGGAGGAAGCCUGACCGGCAUCGUUCCAAAAUUUUUCACCGGUAAAUCUCUUGUACACCAGCCUAGACAGUCAGUAAAGAGCUCAGUGCUGGUAUAUAGAUGAAUGGAUGACUGAAAAAGUAGUAGAAAUUCACAGGUCAGCAGGAAAGAGAAGUAACUUGUCGAGUCAAUUAGCUACACACAUUAUAGUGACUGGGGGGAAGUCCCACUGCACUAUGCACUGAGCUACAAUUCCAAGUAGGAAGCUGGUCUUCCCCCCUCUGUCACGUAGAAAUGGAAGGGUACAGCUCAGCAGCGGAGGAAAUUGUCGUGCCUGAUAUGCACGCGAGAAAGCAGAUGUUCUUUGAAAGAGUGAGUGCGGCAGCAUCAGAAAGAAUCUCACUCCCCCUCUCCCUCUCUCUCUCCCCCCUCUCUCUUUCUUUCUCAUCCUCUGGCUGGUAAAGGCGAGUAUGUUCAUAGCCCUGCCUGGAGGAAUAGGGACUAUGGAAGAACUGACAGAGAUGCUCACGUGGCGGCAGUUGAAACUGCACAGUAAACCAAUAGGACUCCUCAAUGUUGACAAUUAUUACGACUCAUUCCUCCAGUGGCUAUCAAGAGCGAGAGAGGACGAGUUUCUUAAGGGAGGCCCAGAGAUGCUGAUUGUUUCAGACUCAGCAAGAGAACUAGUGGACUUGAUGUUGAAGACUCUCUCCAGCACUCCUUCUUCUAGUAGUUAAACUGUUGCCUUAUUUUGUCUUUGGCUAAUAAUUAAUUGUGGUAGCAUCGUAAAUUCGAACAGGGCUUGCUUCGCUUUUUAUAUAUCCAAAUUUAGAUCCAAACCACAACAUGUUACAAAACUAUGUUGUAAUUAUAGCAACAUGUCAGUGGGAAUGACAAUAGUGGUAUAGGUUUGCUACAAAAAGAGGUGGCUAGCUAGCCCAAAAAGAAGAGGCUAGCUGCCAUGAAAUCAGUGUCAUUAUAUAUAAUUAUAUAUAGCUGACCUGAAAAGAGGUGGCUAGUUUGCCUGAAUUGUAUAGUUAGUGUGAAAAGAUGUGGUUAGCGGCCCUGUUGAAACUUUUCCAGCAGUGACUUGGCAUAGCUGGUGAGAGUUGACUCCAGGGAAGUUUCUAGAACACUCUGAUUCUCAGGAUUUGCCCUGAUCAUCAGUUUAGUAGAGAGCGCAAGGACAGACGCAUGUUGCCUGAACGUUUCCAUCAUCUCACUGUGCGGGAGUUUGCUCUUGGCAUCCACCCUUCUCCUUCUCUUCCCUCCUUCUCUCUCCCCCUCCAACUGCCCCUCUAGUGAACCAUUUGGAGAGGUCUGGUUGCCCUGAUCAGCAGUAGCUACAUCCGAAUUAACUUCAUCCUUGCCCAUUGUUUGGGUUCCCUCGGUUACAGUCACUCUGCACGCAGACGUAGCGGUGCUACUAUUCAAAGGUAUAGGAUCAGGUGGAGGUGGUUUGGGUGAACUAGCAGGCACCGUCUUGCUGGUCUCUUCCAGAGUUGUGUCAGUUUCAACUGAAUUCUGAGGCUCGGGUGUUCUUGCUUCAGAUUGAUCCUUGGGCUCAGCUGUUUGAGUAGUUGUGGCUGUAGAUUGAGCAUCUGUGUCUGUGCUGGAAUCGUCGUUAACAGGGGUAGCCCCUGCCCCGAGUGCUCGUUGGUGUGGGUUCAACCAGAUCUGUUGCCAUGGGGCGGGUGCCAUGUGAACAGGCCACACCCCCGACGACAUGACGAUCCCGCCGGCCAUGCUUCUCUGGGAGAUUGUCGGGGGAAACGAGAGGGGCAUCCCCGGAAUGGGAAGUGAGGCCCCACCCACUGGGUGUUGGCCGGGAAACAGAUGUGCGGAGGGGUGGAAGGUGGAGAGGGGGUGAGGGGAGGAGGUGAUGGGAAAGGGAACGGGGAAGAACGGCGGCUGGAAGGGUGCCUGUUGCUGCAUGCUCUGGAGGACCUCAAGGGGUGGAGUCACAUCUCGCUCAGUGUAGUCCCGGGAGGUGGGCGGGGCAAUUGGGGGCAGUGCAAUU